CGACCAAGUGGAAAGUUUUUCACCAGCACUAAGAUCUCAAGUAUCCUGUUCAUGCGAGAUUUCAUCAUGGGAGUUGGCUAUUAUUACAAUGUGGUGGUCAUUAUGCUGUUGGUCAUGAGACUGGAGGGGACAAGAUCAACAAGGGAUCUCUGUCGUAACUGCCCAGCAGGUACUUUCUGUGGGAAAAGCAAGGAUCAGAUCUGCAUUUCCUGCCCUUCAAAUAGUUUCUCCAGCACCAGUGGACAAGAGGCCUGUGACAUAUGCAGGCAGUGUGAAGGUGUUUUCAGGACUAAGAAGGCGUGCUCCCGUACCAGCAAUGCCGAGUGCGAGUGCGUCUCGGGGUUCCACUGCCUAGGGGCGGGAUGCACCAAGUGUGAAGCGGACUGUAAACAAGGCCAAGAAUUAACCAUACAGG